CUUCAUAUAAGCAUAAACUUGUGGUUAGUGAAUAACAAAAAUAUCUUAAAAAGAGUGUUGAUCUUUGUGGCGACUGAAAAAGCUUUUCCGAAAUAUCUCGGUCAGAACACCAGCAAAAUCAGCGAAUAUAAAAAAUCGUGGAAGGGCAGAAAAAUAUUUUCCUCAACGCUGUUUCGUUGUUGUUUGCCGUGCCGCGGGGGCUCAUCAUCAGCCCCCGCUGAAAACAGUAGCAAGAUCGAAAGAAAGCUUUCAGAGAAAGGAGACUUAACAACUUCAACAAGCGUGCCGAUACAAACGCCAACGUAUAGUACGUUAACAGCACUUUCGUCGCCACAUAUUGACACGGCUGUAACUACAACUCUUCUUGCCAUAACAACAGCUUCUGUUAUAACGUCGGCUUCCACGUCUCCAACUUUAACAACACCACUACUUAGUGAUCACACUUCAAGUCCUGAAGCAUCUUUAAAUGCACUAACUAACGCAUUAAACUCUAUAUCUACUGCCACUUUGUCUUCUUCUUCUGCUCCCUCCUCUUAUACUUCAUCUUUUAACAUCUCAAACCAAUCAACUGGUAAUUUGUCUAGCUCACAACAACAGCAACAAAUAUCAACAACAUCCUCAAAUAUCACUCGAUUCAAUCAGAGUCAUAUUUUAACACUUCCCCAUAUCGAUGAAGAUGAUGAAGAUGAGAAUAGUCUUGUUUCUUUACCGCUGCACGUCUCAGCAACACACUCAGUUAGACAUAAAGUACAAAAUGACAAUCUUAUAAAUUUUAAUACUACGAACAAUACUAGUUCAACUUGUAGUGUUAAAGAUAAUAAUAAUAAUAAAAAUGAUAAUAAUAAUGAAUCAUCAACGGAGGUGCCGCUAGUAAUAAAUUCGCCAAAGCCGAAAACUUCAAGAAUCAAAUUUAAUCCUCAAAAUCUUCAACAACAAUUAGUGGCACUUUCAUUAAGUGCAUCAAGUGAUUCAGAUUCGUCGGCGUCGACAGUUCAUCAACAACAAAAUAUUAGCAGUAGCAGUGGAGAUAACGUUUCACCAAACAAAAUGCAAGCCGAAAGUGGAUCCAUUGCGGAACUUCAAAAGUAUCACAAUAAAUAUUUGAAAAAUCGACGACAUACGCUUGCCAACACAGCUGCGAUUACACUUCGGAAUGUUCAUCUAAAUGGCAACAUAGCAUCUUCUCACGAACAAACAACAGGUGGCAAUAAAAUGUUGAACGAGGAAGACAACAAAGCAUCGUCAGACAACAACGAUUCCGGCGCAUGUCCUAUUGUAGCAAGUACAAUGCUCGUGCAGCAACAACAAAAACAUCAACAGCAGCAGCAAAGCAGCAUUGCGUCAUCAAUGUCUUCGACAGUAGCUUUUUCGACUACAGAGAAAACGAAGAAAACUAAAACAUUAAGUUUUUUACAUAAUGAAGAUUUAUUCACCGCUGGGAGUUUGGCAACGAUAUCGAGCGGAAACAGCACCAGUUUUCAAAUUGGUGAUGAUGAAACGACACCAAUGGCGUCUAACCUCUUCCGAUCCAUUUCGUUUCAAGAGCAACGUCGAAAAUGUCACCAAUCAAAUUUACAAAGAGCUGAGUCAGGAAGAAAUUAUGCUGAAAUAAAUAAAGGCUUUCAGAAAAUGGAGAUCUUCAGUUCACGACAAUCGCUACAAAAACAUAGCGAGAAAAUGAAACAACAAAUGACCAUGCAACAACAGCAACAAAUGUUUUAUGGUUCUUCGGAACUGUCUCUCAAGAACAUACUCAAAGACACUGCAUUAAAUAAUCGAGAAAAAGUUAAAACAGUUUCAAGUUUUAGUGAUAAGGGUGACGACAAAGAUUAUCUUAAUGACAGUGGAAAAGAGCCAUACUCGGACGGUGAAGAAGCUGAUGAUAGUCAGUUUAACGAAGAAGAGUUCUACAACAUAAUUCAAGAAAAGGGGUUUGCUUUUCAGUCAAAACGUAAUAGCAGCACAUCAACUGUGUCAAGUGGAUCAAUUUAUGAUGAUACAUAUAGAACAAAGCGCAGUAGUCUUCGCUCUCAAUCAUCAACUUGUUCCGACAUAAUUGAAGGCCCAACAGAUACAAUGACAAGUCGCAGAAGCUCGGAAGAUAAAGCAAAUAAAAAAUUAAAUUACAAGACACGUCGUCACGGCUUCACAAUGUUAAGCAAGCGACGGAGAACUACUGGAAGCUUUGAUGUUGAGAAUGGACAAGGUUCACGUUCACCUCUCGAAAGUUCGUCACCAGCUGCUGGACUUGUCCUUCAGAAUAUGCCGCAGCGACGAGAAUCAUUUCUUUAUCGCUCAGAUUCUGAUUUUGAAAUGUCACCAAAAUCUAUGUCAAGAAAUUCAAGCAUAGCAAGUGAAAGAAUCAAAGAGGUAGCUGAAACAUCAACAGCGCCAGUGGCUACGGUAGCGAGCGAACGAGGAAGUCAUGUAGAAGAUCUGAUUGUUACUCCAUUCGCACAAAUUUUAGCGAGCUUACGCUCUGUUAGGAACAAUUUAUACAAUCUCACAAACGUUCAGUCGUCAAAGCCCCGUCGAUCCCAACCAUCAACAUCGCAACAGCGUGAAGCAAAUCGAAAUGUCGUACAUGGUGACGAUGGCUACGUUCGACUUGCUAUGGAUACAAUUGAUGAACUUGAUUGGUGCUUAGAUCAAUUGGAAACUGUGCAGACACAUCGCAGUGUAUCAGAUAUGGCUUCCUUAAAAUUCAAGCGAAUGUUGAACAAAGAAUUAUCACAUUUGAGCGAAUCAAGUAAAUCGGGUAAUCAGAUAUCGGAAUACAUUUGCUCCACAUUUUUGGAUAAACAACAAGAAGUAGAUGUACAGACGUUUGAAAAUCAAUCACCGGGCUCAGCAGCGACAACUUCGAACCCUCAAAGAACGCGCUCGCCUCGUACAAUGUCACAAAUAUCUGGAUUCAAACGACCAUUAAUGCAUACGAACUCAUUUACCAGUGACCGGUUACCACCUUUCGGUGUUGAAACACCACAUGAAGCAACAUUAGGCGCAAUGCUCAACGAAAUCAAUACGUGGGGCAUUGAUAUCUUUAAAAUUGGAACAAGCAGCCUCAAUCGACCAUUAACGGCAGUUGCUUUCCAAAUAUUUCAGGAGCGUGAAAUUCUCAAUACAUUAAUGGUGUCGGCCAAAGUAUUCUUAGCUUUUAUGAGCACAUUAGAGGAUCACUACGUUAAGGACAAUCCAUUUCAUAAUUCACUUCACGCAGCAGAUGUAACACAAAGCACCAACGUACUCCUUAAUACGCCUGCAUUAGAAAACGUCUUCACGCCGCUUGAAAUUUGUGCGGCUUUAUUUGCCGCUUGCGUUCACGAUGUUGAUCAUCCGGGCUUGACAAACCAAUUUCUUAUCAAUUCAAGUUCCGAACUCGCAAUAAUGUAUAAUGAUGAAUCUGUUUUAGAAAAUCACCAUCUUGCUGUCGCUUUUAAAUUAUUACAAAAUGAAGAGUGCGAUAUAUUUCAGAAUCUACAAAAGAAGCAACGUCAGACGUUACGUAAAAUGGUAAUUGAUAUGGUGUUAUCGACAGAUAUGUCAAAGCAUAUGACACUAUUAGCUGACUUAAAGACUAUGGUUGAGACAAAGAAAGUAGCUGGAUCCGGAGUUCUUCUUCUUGACAACUACACGGAUCGCAUUCAAGUGCUGGAAAACUUGGUGCAUUGUGCUGAUUUAAGUAAUCCAACAAAGCCUUUGCCAUUAUAUCGACGUUGGGUGUCACUUCUGAUGGAAGAGUUCUUUUUGCAGGGCGAUAAAGAACGUGCAGCUGGCAUGGAUAUUAGUCCAAUGUGCGACCGGCAGAAUGCAACGGUGGAAAAGUCUCAAGUUGGAUUUAUUGAUUAUAUUGUUCAUCCAUUGUGGGAAACCUGGGCCGACUUGGUUCAUCCUGACGCUCAAGAUAUCCUUGAUAUGCUUGAAGAAAAUCGUGAUUACUAUCAAAGUCUGAUACCACCAUCUCCAAGUGAUACUGAUGACGAGAAAAUACGAUUUCAAGUAACGUUAGAAGAAGAAAGUAACUCCGAUACAGAAGAUCUUAAAUCAUCCACAAAACCAGAAGAUAUUACGGAAGAAGAAGCUGACGAAUAAUUUAUUUUCAUAAUUUUAUUAUUUGAACAGAAAUUUCUUAAAUCUUAUUGUAGAUUAUGUUCACUUAAAUCAAUUAAACAACACAAAAAAGAACAUUUAAAUAUUUAUUUUCACGCAUUUAAACUUAAAAUGAAUUUCAUUCAUUGCGAAGAAAGAAAACUACAAUCAAUCUAAAAAUAAGAACAAAGAGUUUUAAUUUUAACCAUUUUUAUUUAUUUGUAUUCUCAUUCGAAGAACUUAAUAUCUUAUAAAUAUCUCUGAGAUUAAAAGAGAAAGGUCAAUGGAUAAUCAAUAAUAACACUAGAAUAUAAAAACAAAAGUAUGUAUCAUUCUGAAGACUUUAUAGAAAAUUAAUUCAUUAUCUUAACAAGACAUUUUCGUAUAAAAAGAAAAACUGUUAAAGUGUUGGGUGGAAAAACUUUUAUUCGGAGUGCAGGAAAAAUUUCCAGAUUUUGAAAACAUAGCGUAAAAACUUAUCAAAAAUGUUACAAAAAAAGCCCACGAGUCUUGCCAUUGACAUUUAAAGUUGCAUAAAUAAAUGAAAUUCUACAACAACUUUCUCUAAUGCGUCAUAAGAGCAGGCCUCUCAUUAUGGUUGAAGAAGAAUUUGAUCUUGUAUUAAAAGGGAAAGAAAAUGAUGAAAAUGUUAAUGGAGAGGAAAUUUAUGAAAACGUUGUAUAAAUUAAUCUUUUAUCAAAGAGAUGAAGGAUUGGCGAUUACAUUUACUUAAUAAAUAACUAGAAAUAAUACUUUAAACACAAAAAAUCGGUGCAUUAUUCAUAGUUGUAUAAAUAAGAAUAUUAAAAUCGUUUAUCGUGUGAAUGUAGCUAGUCUAUUUGAAUCGAAAGGAAACAAACUAACAAAAAUAUUGAAGGGAAAAUGUAACAAGAAAAGUUACAGGAAAAGUUCGAGAUCAAGUUUUAAAUUGAAAUCUUAUUAAAACAUAUGGAAAAGUAAUAAAACUUACUUCAACAUCAUAUUAAUAGCGUCAAAUUGAUAUGAUUCGUUUUCAUUCUAAUUUGAUUAUAGAGCUUUAGGAAAUUUAAUCAAAAGAUAUUAGAAGAGAUGCAAAGCGUUAUGUGGAAGACAAAUUAUGAUUUAAAAUACUUUUUGAGAAAAGAAACAAAAUUAGGUAAAAUAUCGCAAAAUAACUAACACGCCUUUUAAGAUCACAAGAAGAAAUUAAUCGUGACAGAAACCAAAUUAAAUUCUCUUCAAAAUUGACGAGUUUAACCAAAAAUAGAAAUUUAAUAAUUUCAAUAGCGCAUUUUAUAGAGCGUAGCAGAAAAAAACAAUAUUUCUAGGAAUUUAGUGAUAUUAUCAAUAACUAAUCAACAAUUAGAUUCAUGUCAAGAUUGUUUAUCUCUGGCGACAUCCAUCGCCUUAAAUGUUUCAUCCUUUCAAACAAAAGAUUUCGUUAUGAUAUAAAUUAUUAUGAAAUCAACUUGAAGAGAUUUUUAUUCAAUGUUUCACAAAGACUAUAGACAGAUCAGAACAAAAAGGUGCUUCGUCAUUAGAAAAUUAUUUUUGAUUUUCUAUUCAACAUGAUUAUAAAAAAAAUGUCUAAAGCUUAGAUACUUCUUUGUCAUUUUGAGUUAUUAUAGACAGAAAUAAAUGCAAGCAAAAUUGUCUAAAUCCUUCUACUUACUUAGAAAGAUGGAUUUCCAUAACUCAGCAGAAAUCAUAUGCACAAGCAAAUAAACGUUUAAUGAACGCUUAUUAAAUUUAAAGUGUUGUAAUAUUUAGCUUUUUAUUUCUAUAUUGUGUUUUAAGCACAUUUAUGAAACCUGUUUGAAAACUAUCAAUCGCAAAACCACAUAAGAAAUGCAUCAGUUUUUGAGAUCUUGAUUGUUGAGACAACAAUAAAUACACAAAAAGAAGAAUAUGUUGGCAUAUAAAAUAUUUAUAAGAAGAGCUUUCUACACUUUAAGAACUUACAGCAUUUCAAAUCUUUUAAAGAAAUGUUUUGAUUGAGUGAUGCAAAGGGUAAAAGGUGUCAAGAUCAGUAAACAUCCGGAAAAUCAUUUGUGCCCUUCAUAAGCAAACAAAAUUAAAAAUGAAAUGAAAGAAAAUUUAUUCUUUCAACUAGCGGAUGCAAAAGUUUUUAAACUGGCAAAUUUUAAUGAAAGAAAUCUGAAUUGGAACGACGUUUAUGCGGGAAAAGCGAUCAAAGGUGAAGCAAAUAAAAUAUUGAACAACUAUAAAGUUUACAAAUUUGGUGACGCAGGUCGUCAAAAUAUAAAUUUGUUAUGAUAAUAAAACAAGAAAAAAAUGUAUUUAACCAAAUGUUUUAAAUUUUUCUAGCAAUGCUAUGAAAUAUAAUUUUUCUCCGUUUUCAUAUGAAAGCUGUGUGUUAUUUUUUAACUAAAUAGAAAAUCUUGUGAAAAAUGAAAAUUUAAUAAUUUUAAUUAAAAAUACAGGCACAAUCCUUUUGUAAUCAAUUACAUUUAUAAAAAAACCUACCAAUUAUCUGUCUCAUUUUAAUAUUGAAGCAAUAUGGAUCAGGAUCGAACAUUUUCAAAGCAAAGCUUUUAAUAUUUUCUUUAUGCUUAGAAUUUUUUUUGAAAUAAUCAACACAAUCAUCACAAGAAACUCUUCUUUUGAGAAAUUAGAAAACAAAACUCCACACAAAUUUAACGUAUUUAAAGCUCAAAUAUAAAAGUUUUCCAAUUAGACAUCAUUGCUAAGAAAUGUUCGAUCCUGAUUAAUUAAUUAAUAGACCAUGAGAUUAUUAAUAAAACGGAUGAUAUGUAAGUAUCUUUGAAAUUGCAAAUCAUUUAUUUUCAGACAGAAUUUUAAUAUAACCGAUUUUUAUUGCUGUUUUGAGAAAGAUGAAUAUAACAUGUGUUGUAGAAUUUAAAUACUUUACAUAAAAGCAUAAAACUAUGUGUUUAUUUUUCAAUUUUUCAUGAGUUUUUCGAAACUGAAAUUUUAUUAUGGAUAAAUAAACGGAAGUAUACAUACAUGUAGCAUAAAAGAAAAACAUGAGAUAAUUCAGACUUUGAGUUGAAAAAAAAAGGAAAAUCAUUUUAUUUGAAUCAUAAGACUUCGCCAAUAAAACAUAGAAAAUCAUAAAUAGGAGAUCUACAUGCAAAUAAAUGUCUUUUGAAUAAAGAAAACAA